CCGCCAUGUCCGCGCAUCUGCAAUGGAUGGUCGUCCGGAACUGCUCCAGUUUCCUGAUCAAGAGGAUAAAGCAGACCUAUAGCACCGAGCCCAGUAAUCUGAAGGCCCGCAACUCCUACCAUUACAACGGGCUGAUUCACCGCAAGACCGUGGGAGUGGAGCCCGCGGCCGAUGGCAAAGGAGUCAUCGUGGUCAUGAAACGCAGAUCCAGUCAGCGAAAACCUGCCACUUCUUAUGUGAGGACCACCAUCAACAAGAAUGCCCUGGCCACCCUCAGCAGCAUCAGGCACAUGAUCCGGAAAAACAACUACCGCAGGGCCAGUGCCAUCCUGCAAAGCCAGAAGCCUGUGGUGGUGAAGAGGAAACGCCCCCGCCCCACCAAGAGCUCCUGA